ACACGGUCAUGCAGAGGGAGAAAGCAGAGGGGAGGGAGAGAGAGAGGUAGAGCCACACACAACGAGGGAACCCCAUCAGCUGGAAGUCGAGUAACAUUACAACUCUCAGCAGCCUGAAAAACUACUACCUUACACAAACGAGGAUUCAUAUCUUCUUUGAGGAUUUAACCCGCGUCGGAUCACGGGAUUUCUGCUCUCUAAGCAUAUUAUUUUUUCUUUUAUUCAACGAAGACUGUUGCCUGUUUUUUUUAGCAGGGGGGGCAAACUGGCGAGAGGCGAGCAUGGAGUAUUUCAUGGUACCAGCUCAGAAGGUGCCCUCUUUGCAACAUUUCAGGAAAACGGAGAAAGAAGUGAUUGGAGGUCUUUGUAGUCUGGCCAACAUUCCUCUGACCCCAGAAACAGCCCGGGACCAAGAGAGGCGAAUUCGCAGAGAGAUUGCCAACAGCAACGAACGUAGGCGUAUGCAGAGCAUCAAUACUGGAUUCCAGUCUCUUAAAACACUCAUUCCACACAGUGAUGGAGAGAAGCUCAGUAAGGCUGCCAUACUGCAACAGACAACGGAUUACAUUUUUGCUUUGGAGCAGGAGAAGACGCGGCUAUUGCAGCAGAACAAUCAGCUCAAACGAAUCAUACAGGAGUUAAGUGGUUCCUCUCCCAAGAGGAGGCGUGCAGAGGAAAAAGAUGAAGGGAUUGGCUCACCAGACAUCCUGGAGGAGGAGAAGACUGAGGACUUAAGGAGGGAGAUGAUUGAGUUACGGCAGCAGCUGGAGAAAGAGCGCUCAGUCAGAAUGAUGCUAGAAGAUCAGAUGCGUUCCCUGGAUGCCCAGUUGUACCCAGAGAAGCUAAGGAUACUCCCCGAGCAGGAGCCCCAGAACAAGAGCCUCGUCCAUCUGCAGCAGCACAAGCUGGAGAGGGACCUUUCUCCAGACCACAGCCCACAGGUGUCUGCCCCCUCUACCCCCCCUGCCCCUACACAUCAUGCCACGGUCAUCGUCCCUGCACCUGCCCAGCCUCCACAGCCCCAUCAUGUCACUGUGGUAACCAUGGGCCAGACAUCAGUAAUCAAUACAGUGUCCACAUCUCGGCAGAACCUGGACACCAUUGUUCAAGCAAUCCAGCUCAUCGAGGGCACCCAGGGGAAGGGUUGUGCCGGUGAGGAAGAGCAGCGGAGGGCGGUCAUCGUCACUUCGGGUCGCGGCCUUUCUGACGCGGCAGGCUCAGACACGGCCUCAAACAGUGACGGGCCCGAUGACUGUUCACUCCCCUGAGUUAUUCCCUGACGUCUCGCACGCCAUACACUUCCGUACAUGUACACACACACAAAGCCCAAGCAGAAAAGGGCUACAGGAGGCUUCACACCAACAGCACUCUUGUUCAUUGGACAUUAUUAGGGCUGGUAGACAGAUUGAAGCACUCGUUUUUGUUUUUGUUUCAGUACACUCUUACAUGUUUUACCGUGAUAGUCAGCCUGAAUAUGUUUACACUUAGACACUCAUACGAGCAGUCUCUUCUGCGUGUUUUUCUCUGCUUGUCUUAACAUUCACUGCUUAGCCCCCUGAUAUCUCACAAACAAAUAGAUCACUGAUCUAUGAAUGCUUCGUAAAACUGGAUACUAGAAUGUCUGCUUAACAUCACAAUUAAUCACCAUGACUGUUCUCUUUAUUCGGCCCUGAAGUCAUUUGACUGAUCCGCAAAACAGGAGACAAAGUCGACGAAGAGCCCGUCACCACCCAACACCAGAGCAUUUUAGUUUUAGAUUAACCUCUUUUAAACCUUCUUCUCGUGAGUUGUCUUGAGAGACACUGUGAGCUUACAAAAGUUGUCUCAUAGAAUCACCUUCUUUAGGUUUCUGGAUCUGAGAAUAUGAUGUUUUGUGAAGUCUCCUUUUCAAUAUUUUGUUCCUCUAAGGCUCCCUCAGCCAGCAAAUUAAGUGAUUGUACUGGAAAAACACAAUUUGAAAAGCUGUUUUCAUGGCUAACUGGUGCCCACAGAAAAUGAAGCUCGGGAGGAGAGAGUGCGCUUACUGGUUCACAGCUCUUCUCUUUUUGUGUUUGACUGUUUGUUUGUUGCCAUUUUUACUGGGCUGGGUUCCCAGUAAUCCCACAUAUGUAUUUGGCAUGUUCUUCCUUUUGCUCAUGGCCUGACAAAAAAAGAUCAGUGCAUUUCUUUUUUACACCCUCCCCCAUUGAAUUUAAAAGCACCUGGCUAUAGGUAAAUAAGCUAAUCCGUGGGCACUCUUGAGUGAUUUCCACUGGUGUAUGUGUGUCCCAUAUAGCAUUUUGAAUCAGCAGUUAUACCCCAGACUCUGGCAGUCUGCAACAGCACUGCAAUUGCCUUGAAGUGAAGGCAUUUGAUGUGUGUAUGUGCACACAACACGCAUAUAAAACUGACAUACAAUCAUUUCUUUGCUCAAUCUUAAGGGCUGGUUUUAUUAAGCCCUUAAUAAUGUAGUUAGCUGUCCUAAUGUUGGGACAUCUAUCAAAGCAGUGUGUAAUUGCCCUGUGAAAUAGUUUGACAUAUGCAUAUCCGUGCAUAGAUCAUAUGUGCUUUUGCGUGCUUUAUGUUUAUCCUACCAUGCUAUUUACAUGUUUCUGCUUAGAUCAUACUUUUAAGCGUUUCUGCCUGGUGCUGUUGGUUUUCGGCGUUCAGACAUGUAGCUUGGAUAGAGGCAGCAGCUUGCCUUACUAAUAGCCCGAUGGUGCAGGGAGGCACUGUGAAGCCAGCCUUAACACAGCCAUGGGGUCUGAGAGGCAAACCUGAACACUUGAUCUGGGUCGCUUGGUGGCCGGUGGGAUUGGUUUUCCUUUGCCUUCCCAAACAGGCUUGCAAACACCCAGGUGUGUUGGAAUAUACAGUGUAUUUCUUCUUUUUGUUGUAUUGUGUUUGCCACAAACCGGGCAGUUAUACUUAUUACAUUCAAGCACUCCCCAGUUAUUCAAAAUGUAUCCGAAUACUGACUGCUGGUUAGACUUACAUGUAGAUUUUCAACUGUUGGCCCGUUAGUGUUCUCUACUAUAGCCAGAUUUCUGAUUCAUUGGGGAAAAAUUCCACAAUGAAAUGUUGACAUUCCAUACAUUUUACACAUUUUUCCCUAUCAGGUUACUUUUCAAAAGUGAACCCUGGUGUAUUUAGAGAUUACAUUUAGUGCUUUUGACAUAUCAUGCUAUUUUAGAAUCGCAUUUAGGGACAUACUCCUUAUUAAUAUCCCCUGCAUGAAUGCAUAGAUGGAGCUUUGAACUGCUGGACAGAUAAUGUGUUCAAUUGAACGCAACUCAUCUAUCAUGAUUUAUGUCAUGGAAUUGCCCUUUAAAGAAAUAUUGAUGUCAGCUGCACUAAAAAGAGCAACGUGUCUGUCAAAUCGUGGGACAUCUCCCUGUCACUAUGGGCAGGGGAUUCCUAUAUGUUAAAAAUGUGUUUUGCAAGCUUUGCUUUUUGUAGAGCCCGUGCUUUUUUUCUCUGAGUAUUUGCAUUUAUUCGUUUUCUGCUGAAAACCAGAACUGUUUUAUUUCCAAAUGUGUUUUAAACUUUGUUCUGUGUGUUAGGAAAUGUUAAGUGGACAUAUCAGAUGAGUGGGGUGGGCCUGGGGAUCAUUAAAUAGGGUCAACAUUACAAAGCACUUACUGUACUAUGGAGUCGGCCUCUUUCUUUUGUAUAAAGGAGCUUCUCCUCAGAUAAAGCUCUUGAGGUUAUGAGUAAAAGCCGCACAGCUGUGUAUCCCCUUCUCCUUCAUGUCCAGACCUCCUACAUCAUUGUCCUGUUUGACCAUCACAUUUUUAGCAAAAUCUUAUUUAGCUGUCUUAUUUUUUUCUAUUUUCAAUAUAUUUUGUACCCCGUUACACAUUUGAUGGCUCCCUCAUCUCCCUUUCCAUUCGUCUGUUAUCUGUAUCUUUUUUUGUUAGACCUGUCAGUGCUUAUGGUCGUCAAGAAGCUAUUUCGUGUUUUUUUUUGUUUUGUUUUUUAAAGAAAUGUUUUGGGGAUAAAGAGGCUUGUGCCUUUGUAAAGACAGAAUAAUAAAGUUUGUACUUUGUUUUUUAUGCA